AUGGAUUCUAGCAUGGCGAACGAAGAUUACCGCGAGUUAUUGGAAGCGAAACGCUUCUCAAUCAUCCAACAUCUCCAAAUCGACAGAUCGUUUGUCUUCGAUUAUCUUCGCCACAAUGGCGUACUCGAUUCUGAGGAUUGUGAAUUGAUACAAAGCGAGAGAACUACAUCACUAAAGAUUGGAAAAUUUGUGGAUGUCUUAGGCAGAAAAGGCCCUCAAGCGUACCAGUAUUUGUUAGAGAGUCUACAAUUGGAAAACCCAGCUCUGUAUGAAAAAUUGACAGGCAAAGAAGCUGACGCGA